AUGGAAACCCUGCGGCUCGCAGACGUCAAGCUCAGCAACCUGCUGACUUUCUCGAGCGACGAAGAGCAGGUGCUCGAGGAGAAGGUGAGCGACGGCAUUGCUGCGUACCGACGCGCUCUUUCGGACGCGCAGGACUCGAUACAGGAGCUAUUGAACCCGAAAGCGGUCGAGGACUCGCUGCAGAAACUCGAAAUCCAUGAGAAGCAGCUGCAGAGACAUGUGGUCGAGUGCCGGAAGAUGCUGGUGGCGUAUCGCCAGCGGGCAAAGGUGGAGCGGCUCGAGCAGCAGCGCAAGAGUCUCUUGCCCUCCAGUGAUCAAUCCAGAAAGAGUCGCACAGGGGGCAACAGCGACAGUGCAAAGGGAUCUUCUGGAUCGGUUGUGGACGUCACAGCGGCACUGAAGCGCACGCGGCAGGUCAUGUCACAGGAGAUUGAGCGGGUCAGCUCGGUGACGAAAGUGCUGGACGAUGGGCGGCUGAGCUUGAAGAGUUCCCACGACGAGUACGGCAGCGUGAAUGCCGAGAUCGAAGAGGUGCGGAAGCGACUGAAGAUGCUCGAGUGGCAAGCGAGGCAGGACAGAAUGUGGAUUGGCGCGGGGGUGGUCGUCCUGAUCUCGACCGUGCUGUUCAUCGUGUAUGAACGCACGGGGCUCAUGUUCUUAUGA